AUGUGUGGAGUUUGCAGAAGCUCAAAGAUUCAUACAUCAACUCGGGCUGAGCGAUAUAGAAAGCAAAACUUAGCUGGAAAGGCCAAAGUUAUCUUUGAGGUCUUAUGUGCUCAGCAGCUCACGAUUGGCGACUUUUUGAUGAUUCUCUGUGACCAGAAUGAAUUGCUCAAGAAGGAAAUGAGCUCAUCCAUGAAGGUUGAAAUAGCAUGCUUCCUACAUGGCCAGAAAAAGUCAAAUCAGCCAUUGGAUUUUGGCCAACAUUUGGAUGCUGGUGUCAGGGAGUCCCAAAGAGAGUGUAUGGACAGCUCAUAUGAAGCACUCCAGAAGUUCUUUGUUGAAAAGGUUGUCGAGCAGGUUCAGUGGGAGACCGAGCUACUACAGAAGGACCCAUCACUGCGUAGUCUUGACAAUGAAAAGCAAGGCUUCUCAUGGGAAACGAUAGCUAUCGGUGAUGAAAGAGCAACAUUGCUCCGGGGUCACACAAUGAAUGGGAAGAGGGAUGGGAAAGGGUCGAAUCACAUCCGAGACCCAUAUCUUGGUUGUACUGUGGGGCUUAGUAUGAUGCUGAGCUUCAGAAACCAGAGGAUCAACCGUAUUCAAUCAAUUCUUGGCAUGUUGAUGUUUGCGAUGAAUACAAACCAAACCACAGUUUCAAUUUUGAGAUGGAUUGGCCUUGUGGUCGCACACAGUACAACACAUAACUGGCUUCACAUGGCAGUAGCAGGUGCAUCAGCAAAUAUUAAGGCAAUAGGGCAUCAAGUGGUUGAGAACAAAGUGUCAGUUCACCUUGUCUAUGAUAAUCUGAAUCAGUACCACCAGGAAUGGAGGCCAUCACUGGAUAACCACACAUCCCUAGAAAGUGGCACUGCUGCCACUCUCAUUAUUCAGUGA